GGUUGACAGUGUAUUGGUCCUGCUGACACUCUAAUAAUGCACUGUGUUUUGGGAAGCUUCGUCUCUUGACCUCGGUUCGCAAAGACUGUUUCCACAGCGCAGCAGUUCAAAAUGUAGCACGUAUAUUGAAGACGGGAAAGUCCCAGGAAAAAUGCGGAGAGAUGCAGAACAGGCACUGACUCUGAUGUAUCUCCUCUCUUGGGUCUUAUACAGCAUGUGUCAUUCUCCACCAGGGAGGCCCAGACUUACAAGAUGUCGGUCCCCUGAGAAAGAGACCUUUACUUGCUGGUGGGAGCCUGGAUCUACUGGCGGAUUACCAACCAGUUACCACCUGUAUUACAGAAAAGAGAGCUCUUUGGAAGUCUUUGAAUGUCCAGAUUAUCAUAAAGCAGGAAACAAUUCUUGCUAUUUUGAUAAACGACACACAUCUAUUUGGAUCAUAUACAACAUCACAGUGGUGGCCUCCAAUGCACUGGGGAAAGCCUACUCAGAAUAUGUGGAAAUAGAUGUUAUGGAUAUUGUGCAGCCUCACCCACCAGAGAAUGUGAAUGUGACUUUGAUGCAGAGGGAGAACAGCCCUUACAUCCUGGUGCAGUGGCAGCCCCCCCAGGACGCAGACACGCGUUCAGGCUGGGUCACAAUUAAAUAUGAAGUUUGCAUAAAAAUAGAGAACAGUAGAGGCAAGGAGGACCAUGAGUGUGAGUCAUACAGUGCUGGAAAACAGUUGGAUUUGAGCAUUUACAGUCCUCAGCCAGGAGCGAACUACAUCGUGCAAGUGCGCUGCAAACUAGACCAAGGACUGUGGAGUGAAUGGAGCCCCUCCGCUUUCAUCCAGAUUCCAGACAAAACCUCGGACAGACAGAAUGUGGUUAUGAUUUUUGCUGUCACUCUAACAGGCUUCAUUUUCCUGCUGACUGCAGGCAUGUUGGUUGUCAAGAUAAAACAUGUGAAGCAUUUUCUACUGCCAACAGUUCCUGAACCGAAGAUCAAUGGCUUAGACACUCAGCUCCUUAAGAGUGGGAAAUCUGAGGAAAUCUUCAGAGCUCUGAUUACUCAGGGUUAUCCCCAAUUAACCCAUGGAUCUGAGCGUCAAGUUGAGUAUCUUGUGGUCUCUGAAAUGGAGUUUGAUGGGAAAGCUUAUCUUGAGGAACAGAAGGAGAACUUUCAAACAGAUCAUACUCAAGAGAUCCCUCAAAAUACCAAUCAGAUCACCCAGAACAGCAGUCAGGGACUAAAUACCACACAGAGUGAACAGAGUGUUGUCCCAGGACAUGAUUCUCAGUGCUGCAUAUCUGAGAUUCAAGCUACAUUUAAAACAAUCCAUCCUGGGACUACAUCCUAUAAGCUAAGUGCCCCCAGCAUAGACCAUCUUAGUGUCCUGGGAGUGACUCAGCAACUUCCUAACAUUGAUUAUCAUGGCUUGCAAAUAAAAACUCAGGACCACGAUGCAGCCGACACUCAUUUGAGCUCCAGUAGUAAAUGUGACAAUGACCAGAGAAAAGUCAGCAUCACCCCUGCAGGACUUACGGGGUAUGUUGAGGUGGAUGAGGAGAAAGCGCUGGUAGGGGAGGACUACAGCAUGGUCAGUGAUGUUAUGAGGGAUAAUGUCCUUGUACUACAAAAAGACAACACCCCUGUACAGGGACACAAAGAGGUCAAAAGGGGCAAAGUUUCUGAAUCUGAGGAGGCGAAAGAUGUCAUUGAAACUCUGGGAUAUUUGGAAACUGUGACAAUGUUGACUAUUUUGUGACCUAAAUUUAUAAGAUACUUUGUUUGGAUUAUCAUUGUUUUUAUUGUCCUGUGGAAACUGCCAAAGCACUUGGUUUUCUUGGAUACAUACAUACAGCUUUUCAGCUUUUAUUUUGAACAUUGUUUGUGUGCAAAAAGAGGACAAUCUUCUAGUAAGUAAUUCAUACUUUUUGAUAUACACAAGUAGUCAAAGGUUUGGACACUUUGUUUCACAUGAUCUUAAAAAACUUUCAAUCAUAAGGCCUAUGUUAAACAUUCUUAGUUUUGUAGACAAUUGUGUCUAAAUAUGAAUUUCUUUACAAAACUGACAUUUAAAAAAAACAUUGACACCACACUGAGAGCACAAUAGCUCUAGGAUUUAAAGGGGUAUUUCACCCAAAAAGGAAAAUUCUCUCAUUAUUUAUUCACCCUCAUGCCAUCCUAGUUGUGUAUGACUUUCUGCAGAACACAAAUGAAGAUUUUUAGAGAAGAAUAUUUCAGCUACAUACAAUGUAAGUGAAUGGUGACCAGAACUUUGAAGCUCCAAAAAUCUAUAUAGUAAAAAAAUACAUAAAUAUUGAUCUGUUCCUCACCCACAUCUAUCAUAUCAAUUCUGAAGAUAUGGAUUUAACCACUGGAGCCGUAUGGAUUACUUUUAUGUUACCUUUAUUUACUUUUUGGAGCUUUAAAGUUCUGGUCACCAUUCACUUGAAUUGAAAUGACAAACAGAGCUGAAAUAUUCUUCUCUAAAAAUCUUCAUUUGUGUUCUGCAGAAGAAAGAAAGUCAUACACAUCUGGGAUGACAUGAGGGUGAGUAAAUGAGAGAAUUUAAAUUUUGGGGUGAACUAUUUAACCAUUUGGCCUUACAAAUGUAGAUACAAAUAUCUGGACUCACACUAAUGGAAUAUAAUGCAACAAGGGGCGCUGAAGUCCACUGAUUUUAAUAGACCUGCUUAUCUUUGUGUAAAAAUGAAAUAGUGCUAAAAUAAUGCUGCCCCUUUCUAUUGCUUUUUUUUGUCUUAAGGUAGAAAUUGGCAUUUUGACCCCCCUCUACAAAAUAAUGGCUUAGUCAGUAAAUAUUGAUCCAUAGUGUUUAAUAUUUUAGCUUUAAUUAUCAUUUAUAUUUAUCUUUCACCAGUUGAUUUGAUACAGAAUUACCCAAUACUUCUGGUUGUCACCUUGUAGAUUCAAUGACAUUACGAUUAUUCAAAACUGUGGAAAACAAUAAUAAAUAAUGUGUGAGUGUGUGUCCAAACUUUUGACUGGUAUAAUAGGUGUUUCUCUGGUCUAUGUUGGCUUGCUCUAUUAUGGGUUCCAAAUCAGGAAACUGGCAUAAGAGGUCAAGAAAGAGAUAAAAGAGGCAGUUAUGCUGCAGUCACGGUGAGCGCUCUUAUUCCAAGCCAUUACACAUCGACCAACUGUCGUUAAAAUAUACCCCACUGAAGAUCAUUAUAUUAAUUGUUAAACCUUUUUUUCAACUUACUACCUCAGCAUAGCAGACAAACUGAACUUAAGGAGGUUUUGCCAUUCUGUUUAGAGAGCUCAAUGCUCGCUGCUCAUGCUCUUUUUAUAUCCCCUUUGCUCCACAAUUUGGCAUGCCAUAGGUCCUCAUGUUGGCAUGGUUACUCACUUCAAUCUGGGUGGUGGAGGACAAGUCUCAGUUCCCUAAGCUUCUGAGAUAGUCAAUCCGAGCAUCUUAUCACGUGGCUCAUUGUGCAUGACACCGUGGAGACUCACAGCAUGUGGAGGCUCAUGCUACUCUCUGUGAUCCACGCAUAACUUACCACACGGCACAUUGAGAGCGAGAACCACUAAUCAUGACCACGUGGAGGUUACCCCAUGUGACUCUACCCUCCCUAGCAACUGGGCCAAUUUGGUUGCUUAAGAGACCUGGCUGGAGUCACUCAGAACACCCUGGAUUCAAACUCACGAAUACUGAGCUUGUGAGGCCCCCUGCUCAUGUUAAUUGUUUUAUAUAUAGCUACAUUAAAACUGUUGUUUCCAUUCAAGUUUAAUUAUUUUUCUGUUUUUCUGUAUUUAUGCACAAUGAUAAUAUGAAAACCAAACUGUGAGAUUUUUUUAACUGUAAGGCGGGACUUCCUUUCUACGUGACUGUUGGGUGCUCAGAGCUCCUUGGAUGAGUGUUCCAAUUUCUCCCAUUCAUUUCAAUAGAAGUGGUCCAUCUCUGCUAAAUAAUCUCUGUUUAUACUCAAUUAUACUUGAAAGCCUGAUUUUCUGUCAAGACUGAUUUACUGUUGCUAUAUAAUGUAGAUUCAAAUGUAAACACCAAUAUUCAGCCUGUUUCAAUGAAUAUAUUAUUCAUCACUAUUUCCUCUAUUUCAUACAAUUUGGUCAUGUUAAAGACACUUACUAGAACCAAGACUACUGCUGAAUAAUAGAUUAGAUCUACGCAAAAUGCUAGUACAAGAGGCUUGUCCGAACCUAACUACAGCCAAUGAGCAGAACAUUCUGGCGGCCCUUUGAUGUUGAUUUACAUCAUUAUUGAAAGCCCCAGCAGGAGAUGCAGACAGGUCAGCAGAUCUCAUCACAGAACAUUUACGGUGUGCAGUCCAACAGUAAAGAGUAACUUUAAGUCAAACAUUGACUGAACACUACACAAGGACAAACAUAAGCUUCAGUAUGGCUAAUAGUUGAAAUUUUUAGCCCUUCAAAUCAAGUUUUUUGUUCAAUUUGAUAUUGGAAUGCAAGCCAUACGUUUUUCGUUUGUUCCCUUUGUCACUUGUGGUAAAUAUCUAUGUAAUUUGUUUGUGACGUGACAGUGUAAUGCUAAAGAAAUUAUAAUAUUAAGUUAAUAUUGAGUUGUGUAAGAAAUUUGAGUUCAGAGACCAAUGAUGGAAUGUACUGUUGGUCAAAAUCAACAUGAGCCAACAUGAUUUUGUUCUUGACCAUAACAUUUCA